AUGGGGUGGGCUGGCAGGUCACAUGCUGGGAGGGAAGAGGUGGGGGAGGGGGGAGAGGCUGAUGUGGGAGGGGUGGAGGGAGAUGAGGAUGAAGAGGUGGUUGAGGUGGAGUGGGUCGGAGAUUGUGUGAGGGGGAGUGUGUGGCAGAGGGUAGAGGAGUGUGUGAGGGAGUGCGGAGGGGAGUGUGGUGGGGAGUGUGGAGGGGAGUGUGGAGCGAGACAGGAUGAGGAGGAGGAGGAGGAGGAGGAGGAGGAGGAGGAGGAGGAGGAGGAGGAGGAGGAGGAGGAGGAGGAGGAGGAGGAGGAGGAGGAGGAGGAGGAGGAGGAGGAGGAUAAGGAUAGUGCGAUGGGCCUCGCAGCCGCUAUUGAGGCGCCUCAGAAUGUAACGGGCAUCGGCACGAAUCCACGGAACGGCCCGCCGCCUCCUCGGUGCUACGCCCGGCGGCUUCCGCCUCGCCUGGCGCAGCGGAAUGCCGCGGAGAGUGAGGAAGGAGAGGAUGAUGAUGUGGUGGAAGUUCCAAUAGGGGACAAUAGUGCUCCUCGGUCGCAGCCCCUCAACUUUUAUCCCCCUUUUCAUCACUCCCCUCUUCCCUCGUUCCACUCUUUCCCUCCCCCCUCCUCUCCCUCCUCGACUUGUCCCAAACUCAUCACAAUAAUCCUUGGGGGAGAGGGGCGAAGGGCGAAGGAGCGGUUGGGAGAGGGAAGAAGAGGGAAGGAGGGAAGAGAACCGGGACGAGGAGGAAAGCAUGGGGGAGGAGGAAAGGAGGGGGGAAGAGAGGGGAGGAGGAGAGAGGAGCGAGGAGAAGAGGGACGAGGAGGAAAGGAUGGGGGAGGAAAGAAGGGUGGAGGAGGAAAGAAGGGUGGAGGAGGAAAGAAGGGCGGAGGAGGAAAGAAGGGCGGAGGAGGAAAGAAGGGCGGAGGAGGAAAGAAGGGCGGAGGAGGGAAGAAGGGCGGAGGAGGAAAGAAGGGCGGAGGAGGAAAGAAGGGCGGAGGAGGGAAGAAGGGCGGAGGAGGAAAGAAGGGCGGAGGAGGAAAGAAGGGAGGAGGAGGAAAGAAGGGCAGAGGAGGAAAGAAGGGCGGAGGAGGAAAGAAGGGUGGAGGAGGAAAGAAGGGCGGAGGAGGAAAGAAGGGAGGAGGAGGAAAGAAGGGCGGAGGAGGAAAGAAGGGCGGAGGAGGAAAGAAAGGCGGAGGAGGAAAGAAGGGCGGAGGAGGAAAGGAGGGCGGAGGAGGAAAGAAGGGCAGAGGAGGAAAGAAGGGUGGAGGAGGAAAGAAGGGCGGAGGAGGGAAGAAGGGCGGAGGAGGAAAGAAGGGCGGAGGAGGAAAGAAGGGAGGAGGAGGAGGAAAGAAGGGUGGAGGAGGGAAGAAGGGCGGAGGAGGAAAGAAGGGCGGAGGAGGAAAGAAGGGCGGAGGAGGAAAGAAGGGCAGAGGAGGAAAGAAGGGUGGAGGAGGAAAGAAGGGCGGAGGAGGGAAGAAGGGCGGAGGAGGAAAGAAGGGCGGAGGAGGAAAGAAGGGAGGAGGAGGAGGAAAGAAGGGCGGAGGAGGAAAGAAGGGUGGAGGAGGUAAGAAGGGAGGAGGAGGAAAGAAGGGCGGAGGAGGAAAGAAGGGCGGAGGAGGAAAGAAGGGCGGAGGAGGAAAGAAGGGCGGAGGAGGAAAGAAGGGCGGAGGAGGAAAGAAGGGCGGAGGAGGAAAGAAGGGCGGAGGAGGUAAGAAGGGAGGAGGAGGAAAGAAGGGCGGAGGAGGAAAGAAGGGCGGAGGAGGAAAGAAGGGCGGAGGAGGAAAGAAGGGCGGAGGAGGAAAGAAGGGCGGAGGAGGAAAGAAGGGCGGAGGAGGAAAGAAGGGCGGAGGAGGAAAGAAGGGCGGAGGAGGAAAGAAGGGCGGAGGAGGAAAGAAGGGCGGAGGAGGAAAGAAGGGCGGAGGAGGAAAGAAGGGCGGAGGAGGAAAGAAGGGCGGAGGAGGUAAGAAGGGAGGAGGAGGAAAGAAGGGCGGAGGACGAAAGAAGGGCGGAGGAGGAAAGAAGGGCGGAGGAGGAAAGAAGGGCGGAGGAGGAAAGAAGGGCGGAGGAGGAAAGAAGGGAGGAGGAGGAAAGAAGGGCGGAGGAGGAAAGAAGGGCGGAGGAGGUAAGAAGGGCGGAGGAGGAAAGAAGGGCGGAGGAGGAAAGAAGGGCGGAGGAGGAAAGAAGGGCGGAGGAGGAAAGAAGGGCGGAGGAGGAAAGAAGGGCGGAGGAGGAAAGAAGGGCGGAGGAGGAAAGAAGGGAGGAGGAGGAAAGAAGGGCGGAGGAGGAAAGAAGGGCGGAGGAGGAAAGAAGGGUGGAGGAGGAAAGAAGGGCGGAGGAGGAAAGAAGGGCGGAGGAGGAAAGAAGGGCGGAGGAGGAAAGAAGGGCGGAGGAGGAAAGAAGGGCGGAGGAGGAAAGAAGGGCGGAGGAGGAAAGAAGGGCGGAGGAGGAAAGAAGGGCGGAGGAGGAAAGAAGGGCGGAGGAGGAAAGAAGGGCGGAGGAGGAAAGAAGGGCGGAGGAGGAAAGAAGGGCGGAGGAGGAAAGAAGGGCGGAGGAGGAAAGAAGGGUGGAGGAGGAAAGAAGGACGGAGGACGAAAGAAGGGCGGAGGACGAAAGAAGGGCGGAGGAGGAAAGAAGGGCGGAGGAGGAAAGAAGGGCGGAGGAGGAAAGAAGGGCGGAGGAGGAAAGAAGGGCGGAGGAGGAAAGAAGGGUGGAGGAGGGAAGAAGGGCGGAGGAGGAAAGAAGGGCGGAGGAGGAAAGAAGGGCGGAGGAGGAAAGAAGGGCGGAGGAGGGAAGAAGGGCGGAGGAGGAAAGAAGGGCGGAGGAGGUAAGAAGGGAGGAGGAGGAAAGAAGGGCGGAGGAGGAAAGAAGGGCGGAGGAGGAAAGAAGGGCGGAGGAGGAAAGAAGGGCGGAGGAGGAAAGAAGGGCGGAGGAGGAAAGAAGGGCGGAGGAGGAAAGAAGGGCGGAGGAGGAAAGAAGGGCGGAGGAGGAAAGAAGGGCGGAGGAGGAAAGAAGGGCGGAGGAGGAAAGAAGGGCGGAGGAGGAAAGAAGGGCGGAGGAGGAAAGAAGGGCGGAGGAGGAAAGAAGGGCGGAGGAGGUAAGAAGGGAGGAGGAGGAAAGAAGGGCGGAGGACGAAAGAAGGGCGGAGGAGGAAAGAAGGGCGGAGGAGGAAAGAAGGGCGGAGGAGGAAAGAAGGGCGGAGGGGGAAAGAAGGGCGGAGGAGGAAAGAAGGGAGGAGGAGGAAAGAAGGGCGGAGGAGGAAAGAAGGGCGGAGGAGGAAAGAAGGGCGGAGGAGGAAAGGAGGGUGGAGGAGGAAAGAAGGGAGGAGGAGGAAAGAAGGGAGGAGGAGGAAAGAAGGGAAAGAAGGGCGGAGGAGGAAAGAAGGGUGGAGGAGGAAAGAAGGGUGGAGGAGGAAGGAAGGGUGGAGGAGGAAAGAAGGGUGGAGGUGGAAACAAGGGUGGAGGAGGAAAGGAGGGUGGAGGAGGAAAGGAGGGUGGAGGAGGAAAGGAGGGUGGAGGAGGAAAGGAGGGUGGAGGAGGAAAGGAGGGUGGAGGAGGAAAUGAGGGUGGAGGAGGAAAGGAGGGUGGAGGAGGAAAGGAGGGUGGAGGAGGAAAGGAGGGAAAGGAGGGUGGAGGAGGAAAGGAGGGUGGAGGAGGAAAGGAGGGUGGAGGAGGAAAGGAGGGUGGAGGAAAGGGGGGAGGAAGGGGGCAUGGAGAGGAGAAGGAAGCAACUUUUAUUAGUGGAGAAGAUGGAAGGAGAGGGGAGGAGAGGGAAGAGGAGGGAAUGAGGGCAACAUGGGAAGGGCAGCAGCAGGAAGGCAGCACGGGAAGGGCAGCGGUGCAGCUUCAAGGGGAGUGCAGUGCGGUUGGAGGAGGUAGGGGGGCAGAGGAAGGAGGAGAGCAAUGCCUUUCAGGAGAUGAGGGCAACAUGGGAAGGGCAGCAGCGGUGCUGCUUCACUGGGAGGGCAGCGUGGGAGAGGCCAUGAGGCAGAGGCAAGUUGAGUGCAGUGACGGUGGAGGAAGGAGGGCGGCACAGGAAGCAGCAGCUGAAUCCGUUCCUGAAAAUGAGGGUAGCAGAGGAAGAUCAGUGGUGCAGACUUAUGAGACGGGCAACGAUUUCGGAGGAGGGAGGGUUGAUGGAGAAGAGGAGGGAGGAAAGGAGGGUGAAGAGGAGGGAGAAGAGGAGGGAGAAGAGGAGGGAGCAGAGGAGGGUGAAGAGAAAGGGGCAGAGGAGGGGGCACAGCUGGGAUCACAGGUGGGAGCAGAAGAGGGAGUGGAGGAGGGAGCAGAGGAGGCAGAAGAGGAGGGAGAAGAGGAGAGAGCAGUAGAGGGAGCAGAGGUGGGAGCAGAGGAGGGAGCAGAGGAGGGGGCAGAAGAGGGAGUGGAGGAGGGAGCAGAGGAAGGAGCAGAGGAGGGAGCAGAGGAAGGAGCAGAGGAGGGAGCAGAGGAAGGAGCAGAGGAGGGAGCAGAGGAAGGAGCAGAGGAGGGAGCAGGGGAGGGAGCAGAGGAGGAAGCAGAGGAGGGAGAAGAGGAGAGAGCAGAGGAGGGAGCAGAGGAGGAAGCAGAGGAGGGAGAAGAGGAGAGAGCAGUAGAGGGAGCAGAGGUGGGAGCAGAGGAGGAAGCAGAGGAGGGAGCAGAGGAGGGGGCAGAGGAGGGAGCAGAGGAAGGAGAAGAGGAGGGAGAAGAUGAGGGGGCAGAGGAGGGAGCAGAGGAGGGAGCAGAGAUGAAAGCAGAGGAGGGAGCAGAGGAGGAAGCAGAGGAGGGAGAAGAGGAGAGAGAAGAGGAGGGAGCAGAGGAGGGAGCAGAGGUGGGAGCAGAGGUGGGAGCAGAGGAGGGAGCAGAGGAGGGAGCAGAGGAGGGAGAAAAGGAGGGGGCAGAGGAGGGAGCAGAGGAGGGAGCAGAGAUGAAAGCAGAGGAGGGAGCAGAGGAGGAAGCAGAGGAGGGAGAAGAGGAGAGAGAAGAGGAGGGAGCAGAGGAGAGAGCAGAGGAGGGAGCAGAGGAGGGAGAAGAGGAGGGAGAAGAGGAGGGGGCAGAGGAGGGAGACGAGGAGGGAGCAGAGGAGGGGGCAGAGGAGGGAGCAGAGGAGGGGACAGAGGAGAGAACAUUGGAGGGAGCAGAGGAGGGAUCAGAGGAGGGAGCAGAGAAAGGAGCAGAGGAGGGAGCGGAGGAGGGAGAGGAGGAGGGGUCAGAGGAGGGAGCGGAGGAGGGAGAGGAGGAUGCAGCAGAGGAGGGAGACGAGAAGAAGGGAUACGUGGGGCAAAGUUGGCAGUUGGUGGAAGAUGGAGCAGAAGGGAUUUGUGGGGGAAGCGGGGAUUAUUGGAGGGGACAGGAAGAGGGAGGAGGAGAAGCAGAGGAAGAGAGGGGUAAGGGAGAGGGAAGUGGGGGAGGGGAGAGGGCAGUGGAAAAGGGAGGAGGAGAGAGGGAAGAGGAAGGUGAAUGGGAAAGGGAGAAGGAAGAAGGGGAGAGGGAAAAGGAAAAGCGAGGAAGGGAGAGGGAAGAGGAAGGAAAAAUAGGUGAGGAGGAAGAGGGAGGAAGAUGGAGUAAGCAAGAGGUGCAGAGAUGCGUGCAGGAAAGAUGGAAGAGGAAGCGGCAUGCUGAAGAGGAAAAUGCGACAAACAAGGUUUGUUUGGAGUCAAGUCGAUGCAUUCAAGAACCCUGGACAAGCCAUGAGCGUGCGACAGCACGUGAGGAUUGGGAUUGUGGAAGGGGGUUGCUUCGAAUGGGAGGGGCGGUGAGAAAGGGAAUGUGUGUUGAAGGAGAUUGUGCCGAGGGGGAGGGAGGUGGUUGCAGGGAAAACCACCUGGAGAAUCACCUGAGGCAGCAGAAGAGAUACCUGGGCACAAAGGUGCACUGUAAUGUGGGGAGGAGAGGGUGCCAGUGGAAGCUGAGGAAACGCAGGAGGCAGGAGGAGAAGCUCCUGAGGCAGGAGGAGGAGCUCCUGAAGGAGGAAGAAACCCACCUGAAACAGGUGGAAGAACACCUGAAGCAACAGAAAGAGCACCUGAGGCAGCAGGAGGAGCACCUGAAGCGUAAGAGGCAGCACCUGGAGCUUCAGGUAAGACGCACGCGGAUUUUGAAGCAACGCCUGAGUUGCUGUAGCUGUUUGUGUUCUUGUGGUUUAAGGAGAGGGAUUGAGGAGAGGGAUGAGGAGGGAGGGAGGAUGGUGGAGGAUGGAGGGAGAGGAAGAGGGGUUGUGGUGCAUGAUGGGGAGGGGGUGGGGUUGGCGGAAGAUGGAGGGAGAGGAGGGUUUGAUGGAGGGAGAGGAGGGGUAGACGGGUGGAGAGGAGGGAGGGUGGUGAAAGAUGAGAUUGAAGACUGGUUAAGGUGA